UGCCGACCGAGUCCGCCCGCCCGCUGGCUCCUCGCCGCCGCGCCGUUCCGCAGGCCCCAGCCCACCCGCUGCCAGGCCAGUGAGAGUCCCGCCUAACAGGCGCCACCGGGCAGCCCCUGCGCCGGGGUCCUCGCCACACAAAGCCCGUCGCCAUGGAGAUGGGGCGCGCUCCGGCGGCCGUUGAGUCGCGGAGGCGCCGUGCAGGACAGUGUAGGGAGCCGGGGCCGCGGUUCCCAGCACCCGAUCGCACCGACGGCGAACCGGUCCCCGGCGCGCAAUGGCUCGGCUAGGCCGCCGCGGUCCCCACCUCAGCGGGCAGGACGGCGGGCUCCCGUGAGCGCUGGGCGCCUAGCGAUGGAGCGGGGCGGGGCCUCGGGCCGGCCGGGUCUGUGUGAAACAUCCGCUUCCGGGGCUGCGGCCAUCGCUCCACCCGGCUCGAGAGGCUCGCCGCGCCGUGCCCGGGACCAGUCCCCAAAGCGUACGGCCCCUGAGUCGCAGCCGCCUUCGCCUCGCUCCCGGACGCCGUCGCCUCGCUCCCGGACGCCGUCGCCUCGCUCCCAGACGCCAGCAUUCUGCUGCCCGCGUCCUCAGCCAGCCAUGCUGGAGCAACUGAGCUCGCUGCCCACGCAAAUGGAUUACAAGGGCCAGAAGCUAGCUGAACAGAUGUUUCAGGGAAUUAUUCUUUUUUCAGCAAUAGUUGGAUUUAUCUACGGGUACGUGGCUGAACAGUUCGGGUGGACUGUCUAUAUAGUUAUGGCUGGAUUUGUUUUUUCGUGUUUGGGUCAGAUGAGGAAAGCUGCAUAAAAGGAUACACCUCAUUUUAUUUUGGCAGCUGCUCCAAGCAAUAAUCUGAAAGUUAAAGCUAGCAGGAAUUUUUAAAAAAUAUUUUUAAAUUGAUUUUUUAGGGAGGGUGGGAGAGGGAUAGAGAGAUAGAAACAUCAUCAAUCAGCUACGCCCACACUGGGGAUCAAGCCUGCAACCCGGGCAUGUGCCCUGACCUGGAAUCAAACCUGUAACCCCUUGGUCCUGGGUUGUCUGUCCCUCAACCGCUGAGCCACACCAGCGGGGCCAAGUAUUUUUUAUGAUCUUCACACUGCUCCCUCCCCUCCUUUAUUUUGGCCCUUAAAGCCAUAUGUGUAAACAGUGAGGCUUGCAUCACUUCAAGUAUCUUGUCUGAGCAGUGGCAUGGUUUUCAUACGAAUGUCAUUUGGUUGUUGGUUUUACCUUUAGUGUAGGAGUCAUUUGGGAACCUGGCAUUAUACAUAAUGCUGUUUAGUGGCUACAACUGAUUCAUUUUCUCUGUUCUG